CCUUCCACUUCUCCUAAGGGCGACAUCACCCGCAAACAACAACCCGUUUAUUACUAUAGAGUAAACCAUUCCUUUCGCAACCACAGUUGGCAGUACUCAUCUAUACCUGACGGUGCUUCCACUAUGGCGACCAACGGCCAUUUCGCCUCAAUAGGCAAUUCCGCCAGUGACACUACCGCAUAUGAGCAUGGAGUACAAGUAAUAGAUGAGAAUAAGGAGUUCAACCCGAAUCUGUCGCAGUACCUGAGCCUUGAAAAUGUCACCUCCGCCGGAUUCAAUUAUCACCUCAUUUCCGUAUUCGGUUCGCAGUCGACGGGUAAAUCUACUCUUCUCAACCAUCUUUUCGGCACCCACUUCUCCGUCAUGUCAGAGAUGGAGAGACGGCAGACAACAAAGGGAAUUUGGCUGUCCAAAAAUAAGAACGAGAACCCAUCCAUGGCCAGCAACAUCUUAGUCAUGGACGUAGAGGGCACGGACGGCCGCGAGCGAGGUGAAGACCAAGAUUUCGAGCGCAAGAGUGCCCUUUUCGCGCUGGCGACCAGUGAGGUUCUUAUUGUGAACAUUUGGGAACACCAGGUUGGAUUGUAUCAGGGCGCGAAUAUGGGUCUGCUGAAGACUGUAUUUGAAGUCAACCUACAGUUGUUCCUGAAGGAUAAGAAUACCACUCACCGAUCGCUCCUGUUCUUUGUCAUCCGUGACUAUUCUGGAAUGACGCCGCUCAUGAACUUACAGAAGACAUUAAUGGAAGAUAUGGCUCGCCUUUGGGGUUCGAUAUCCAAACCUGCCGGUCUAGAGAACGCGAACGUGCAUGAUUACUUUGACUUCCAGUUCUACGGCUUGCCGCACAAAGGUUACCAGCCGGAGAAGUUUGUGGAAGAGACACAAAAGCUGAGCCUCCGCUUCCGGGACGGUCAGAGGGAUCCUAGCCUAGAUGCGCUAAAAGGCGAAUUCUCAGAUGGCGGCGUUUUCCUUCCGGAGUAUCACCGCCGUAUCCCUGCGGAUGGCGUUUCAAGAUACGCUGAAGGAAUUUGGGAUCAGAUUGUCAACAACAAGGACCUAGAUCUACCCACACAGCAGGAGCUGCUUGCGCAGUUUAGAUGCGACGAGAUUUUAAGGGAAGUGAUGGUGGCUUUCGAUGAGGCAAUCAUUCCCUUUGAAGACAAGCAGUCGCAAGCCGCUCGCCUUGGGGCACCUGAGAUUCUUGGAGGCCUAGGAGCGGCAAUGCGAUCGUCGCGUGCCAAGGCUGUCAAGGCCUUCGAAACUGAGGCUAGCCGGUAUCACAAAGGCGUCUACCAGCGCAAGAGGGCGGAGCUUGAAAGCAAAGCGGAUACCCGUUUGAAAGCCCUUUUCCAAGGUCAACUCAAUGCAGCGCACAAGUCUGGGAUUAUUGAAUUCAGCGACGCAGUGUCGACUGCCGUAAAGUCGGGACAGAAGAAGGGCACCGGGUAUGAUUUCGCAGAAAUUGUCAAUGAAGAAGCUAAAAGGGCCGUUGGAAAGUUUGAGGAAGUCGCUCGUGCCACCGCUGUGGAUGGUACUUCUUGGAGUGACUUUGAGCAAGAGCUGGCAUUAUAUGAAAAGGAGCUUGGGGAAGUCAGCGCACGUCUGAGAAGGGAUGAGAUGAGACGUCUUGCUAGCCGUGUGGAACGAUGGGUCCAAUCUCGACUAGGCGAAUCUGUUGGGCUCGAGUUCAACGCUCUUGGCUCUGGACGAGCUGGAGGUGGUGCGACGGAAACGGGUGAUCAGCCUACCGAGAAGAAGUUUUGGGAUCGUGUGUGGAACGUGUUUGUCGAGACAGUGCUCGAUGCCGAAAGGCGAUUCACAGACCGCGCUAGCAGCUUUGAUGCCAGCCUAGAGGAGGUGGAUGUUGGACUCUGGAGACUUAGGAGAAAGUCUUGGGGUGUUCUGCGGGCUAAAAUUGAUGAAGAGAUGAUUGAGGGCAACCUGCUGUUGAAGUUGCGCGAGAACUUCGAGGACAAAUUCCGCUACGACGAUGCCGGUGUUCCUAGAAUAUGGCGCCCGACCGAUGAUAUUGAAGGCAUAUACACUCGCGCUCGCGAAUCCACCUUGACCCUCAUCCCCCUUCUGUCCAAGUUCAAGCUAGCUGAGACGUCUGCGCCGCCCCCUCUGGACCGCUGGAUUGGACACACCCCCAGUUCUGCGACACCUGCUGACGAAGAAGAUCUGUCUCCGAUCGGAGGGGUGGAUGAGGAUGAAGGCAAGAGCUUGGAAGAAGAAAUGACUAUUGUCAGUGAUGCUAAGCGGCAGGAACUUACUGUUCGCUUCAAGAAGGCCGCAGAUGGCGUUUAUGUCGAGGCCAAAAGAAGCGCCAUUGGAGGCAUGACGCAAGUGCCCUUGUACUUCUAUGGCAUUCUCCUUGCACUUGGAUGGAAUGAGAUCAUCGCCGUGCUCCGCAAUCCGGUCUAUUUCUUCCUCCUUUUCGUAUGUGCUGUGGGAGUUUACGUGACAUAUCAGCUCAACCUGUGGGGCCCUAUCAUAAAGAUGACAGAGGCUGCCUCGAACCAAGCAGUAGCGGAGGGCAAAAAGCGGCUACGCGAGUUCCUAGAGUCAUCCGACACGGGGCGACAAGCCAUCGCUAUGUCAACCCCGGGAGGCUCUGGACGUGGGGUUGAGGAGCAUGAAAUGUCUCGUCUCAACAAGCAGGGGAAAUCUGCCGUCGCUGAUGACGAUGUGGAUGACUUGUAAGCCGGAUUAAACUGUAUUCUUAUUUCUUUUCUUGUUUUCUGUACUUUCAUUGUUUGAUUACACCAUCCUGUAG